UUAUUUCACAGAAUACUUUUUUCAAUCGCAGCUCAAGUCUCAGGUGAUUGUUAUGGAAAGCUAAAUUGUAAAUAUAACUCGAAAUUUUGUCCCUUCUGGAUAAAAAUUUGGAAUAGAAAAAUGUAUUAAUCGACGGAAGUACCUGUUUUUAGUUUAAGUGUUCAGGGCUGUGAUUUCGUCAAAGUAGGGUAUAAUAUUGGAAAGUAUCAGGUCAAAGAAAAAUGGCACAAAUGUACUUCUUGAUCUUUCUUGGGCUAGUCUUAGGUGUUAAGGGUACUGAGGAUAAGUUAGAAGCUGUAGUAGUGAUAUUUAGACAUGGGGAUAGGACUCCCGUGAAGCCAUACCCCAAUGAUCCGUAUAAAAAUAAGUCUUAUUGGCCUGUAGGAUUUGGACAGUUGACGAAUAGAGGCAAACAACAACACUACCAACUCGGGCAGUGGCUAAGAUCUCGGUAUGACGGCUUCAUACCAGCCGCGUAUUCAGAGAACGACAUCUACGUCAGAUCUACAGACGUUGACAGAACGCUAAUGUCGGCGGAAGCAAAUCUAGCCGGUCUCUACCCCCCGCCGCCGACCCAAACUUGGAACAAAGAUCUCAAAUGGGAACCCAUCCCAAUACACACGAUACCUCAAAAGUCCGACGCUCUAUUAGCGAUGAAGAAGCCUUGUGCUAAAUACACAAUGCUCUACAAGAAACUGUUCAAAACUGAGUAUUUCAGGAAUAUAAGCCAUCAAAACCAUGAUCUGUACGCAUAUUUAACUAAGAAUUCCGGUGAGCUAAUAUCGGAUAUAUCGUCGUUGCAAUUUCUGCACAACACUCUUUAUAUAGAAACUCUUUUUAACUAUACACUUCCACCUUGGGCUACUAAGGUUUUUCCUAGCAAGCUGCAGCCUUGGGCUAACCUAGCUUUCGCUUUGGAUACAUUCACCCCAGAGUUAACUAGAUUAAAAACUGGUCCCUUAAUGAAUCACAUCAUAGUUUUCUUCAAAAACCACACUAUUUCAGCUCCAGAUACGCAUAAAUUCCUGAUGCUAUCAGCUCAUGAUACCACGAUAGCUGAUGUACUUAAUACAUUGGGCGCGUUCCAAUAUCACUGUCCUCCAUACACCAGCACAAUCAUAUUCGAGUUAAGAACUCGCCUUAAUGGUCAGAUGUACAUUAACGCACUUUACAAAAAUUCCAGUGUCCCUCGACCAAUCAAAGUUCGUAAUUGCGAUGUGGAUUGUGAUUUCGAAGAUUUCGUUGAAAACUUGAAACCGUUUGCCAUGACUUUGGACCAAUGGGAAAUCGAGUGUAGGAUCCGUUGGGCAUUCGUCUGGCCUCUGACAUUCCAGUGGAACAUCAUAUUGGUUUGUUCGCUUAUAACUGUGAUUUUGUUACUUUCGGCGGUGAUAGUAGGCAUUAAAAAAGCCAAGAAAGAAAACGAUAAUAAUUACAUACAGCUUCCAAAUGAGGAGUACGCUUAAGGGAUGAAUGGGGUUCAGCGAGGUGGGUUUUUGGUAUGAAAAAUUCCGAGAAAAUUUGUUUACAGGUCAUUUAAUCAAGUGUGUCAUAAUUUUUAGCUUGUAAAUUGUGACUUUGAUCUAACUAUUACAAUCUUUAUUAUGGGGUAAUAAUUUACAGGGUGAUUUUGAAGUAUUGUAAUUCCUUUUAACAAAUAUAAAACUCGUCAUAUACUUUUUCCAAAAAAAUGCAUAACAAGGGAAUAAAAAAUACUUAA